CGCCGGGCGGGGGCGGUGCGGCCCGGAGCGCGGGGAGCCGAGCAGCGGGCACCGGGGCCGGCAUGGCGUGGCCCUGCAUCAGCCGCUUAUGCUGCCUGGCGCGGCGCUGGAACCAGCUGGACCGCUCCGACGUGGCAGUGCCGCUCACCCUGCACAGCUACUCGGACCUCGAGAGCGAGGAGCCCGGUGCAGGCGGCGCGGCUUCCCGCAGGGGCCCGUCUCCUGCAGGCACCCGGGACCCCGGCCGGGACGUGCCGCUCACUCAGUACCAGCGGGACUUCGGCGUGUGGACGGGCCCCACUGGGCCCAGGGAUGCUCCGCAGGGGCGUGGGUCGGGUGUGGGCGGCCGCAGGAACAAGCACCCCACGGCCCCUGGCCGGGGUGUCUACGUGCUCCCCAUCGGCGACGCGGACUCGGCUGUGGUGACCACGUCGUACAGACAGGAGUUCCAGGCCUGGACCGGAGUGAAGCCGCCAAGAUCCACAAAGGCAAGACCCGCCACAGUCAUCACAACCCACAGCUCUGGAUGGGACAGCCGCCCCGGGGGUGGCUUCCAGGCCCCUGAGGGGAAGAAGAAGUUCACCCCUAACCCAUCAGCCAUCUUUCAGGCUUCAGCUCCCCGGAUCCUCAAUGUGUGACUGGCCACACUGGCACCAAGAUGGGGCUGUCCUCGGCCACUCAGGGACUGGGUGAGAUCCUGGGAUGGCCCCUCUGCUGUGUGAGGGGAAGACCCCUAUUUCUUACUGUGCGCACCACUCCUCCCGGCUGCCACUGGGCUGUGGGCCUGGCACGGAUGGACACGGUAGCACCCAGCUCAGCUUUGGGCCUCAAUCAUCCUCUUUUUCCUUGAGAAGUGUGCAGAAAGCUUCAGAUCUUUUAAUUGCCUCUUUUGGCCUCCCUUCAGUUUUUAAAUCUGAGGAACUUAAGGAUCAAUUCUGUUGUAAACAGAAUUGGUCUGUGCGGGCUGAGGAACACAGACAUAACAGGUGCUUGAAAGAACCAGUCCACUUAGUUGUUUUCCCAGGCUGCAUGAGAACUUUGUGACCUAUGGUAACCCAAGGGGACUGUCCUUGGAGAUGCCUACAAAUGGCCACACAUUCAGGUUGAAGAGAUCUUGGGUUAUUACCUGCAUGUGACUCACUGUGAUGCUGAGUAACUAGAAUGUCAUUUCCCAAAGGAACAGAGUAUCAAUCACAGGGUUUCAAUUUCAAAGAUGUAAUUUAGGGCCCAGAUGACCCUUAUGUUUUAACAAAAGGCUUCUUCUGAGGAGUGCUUGAAGUGCUGAAUGAAUGUCCUUGACCUUGUAGGUUUCUGAGCCCCACAUUUUAUUACUAAUUCCAGUUUUUUCCCUUACAGUUGACGACUAGAAGGGAACACCAUACAUACUGGCAAAGAACUGGGAGCAUUUUUUGGGACGAAGUGGCAUUAGCCUCCUUCUCUGAAAGACUUUAACAUGUUAUCUACACCUAGAUGACUCCCACCCUGCUCUCUCACUUACAGUUGGGGGAGCUCACUGUGAGGAGGCAGCUGUCGGCUUUGGAAAGCUGCCUCCUUUGCCGGUAAGUCCCAGCCCAUGUGGCCACGCCGAGCGAGCCUGGCCGUUUGCACAGCCAGUGGUCAAACAUUCGAAGGCAUUUCUGUCCGCUCUUGGAGAUUAGAGGCACAGGCUAAGGACAGUUCUUGGUAAGGAAACUCCAGGAUUUCCCUGUGGGUCUUCCUCCCUCUCCAGCCCCCACACAGCUGCGGACCUCCCGUUUCCCAGCCCCUCGGAGGACUUGGAGCGGGGCUGGUCCCUCAGAGGGAGGGCUGGCUCUGGCUGGCACAGCCUUGCUCUUAGUGCAGCAAAGGAAAUGCUCUGAAUCAUUUUAAAGGCAGAACCAAAACCAUAUGCUUACACAAAGGGUUCUAUUAUUUCCGACUUCAUUGGUUUGCAUGUUAGACGUUUCUAAGAGAAAAGAGACUGCCUGCUGCUGUGCAUUCUGUGGGAAAUGAACAGAUUAACCGUACAAUCUCAGAUUUUACUAAAAUGCAAAAAUGUACUGUUACAAUUUCUUGUUAGCUUAUUUCUUUAAUUAUAAACCUGGAGCGCCUUCUCAUACGUCUUUAUCAUCCUCUCGGACUUCGGCGUAUCGUGGCUAUUACUGGUUGUCCCUUGAAGGCUGACAAAUCCCAAGGUCUCUCCGUUUGGACUGCCAUCCACAGUGGUGUCUUACGUGGUAUUCACAGGACACACCAACCUCCCCUCUUUCAUGUGGACCACCCUCCGCAAUCCCGAGGUUAGGAUGAAAAGACCCUCUUUGAAGCUAGUCUUGGGCUAACUCCUGAAUUCUCUACUCACUGUGAGCAGCUUCCAUUUCCUUAUCUGCAGAGUAAGGAGAACACCCCUACCUUGCUAGUAGGAGUUUGUUUAUGGGCAGCGUAUUUAUUAGUACAGUGAAUGGCCAGCAAAGCACAAACAUGACAAUUGUGCAGACAUGACAAUUGUCCUUUCCUGCCCAGGCCCCCCUCCUUCUCAGGGAGCUGGCUCUAUUCUCCCUUGCAGGUUUGGCCCAUCUGAAGCCACUGACACAGUCCUUCUCCCUAGACCCUGCUUGCGUCCCCCUUCUCUCCCUGACAGCCUGCAGACCAGACCGAAAGGCUGUACCUCAGCCGGAUCCCACAGGCCUGCCUUUCUUGGCAGCCUUGGCACCACAGCAGUGGGAGCAGCCCUGCCUCACGUGGCCUGCCUCUGAAGGCAGACUGCAUGCCCAGGAACCUUUUUGGAAUGCACCAGAACAGAUAGCUUUUCACCAAACCCCUAACUCGAUAAUCCUCUUUACUAGGCUUCAUUAUUAGAAGACUCGGGUUCUGAAGAAGGAACUUCCACCCACUCUAGGUCUUAGUAAGGCCGAACAUCCCAUUAGGCUUCCCAAAGCAACUGAGACAGUAGUCUUGGGUGAGUGG